GCCGGUUGUAAGUACAACUGUUCACUCCGUCGAUCCACUUCGUCCUAGCCUCAUUUCGCGGAUUGGUGGCGCCCGCCGGGUUCCCGUUCCCCGACUUCUUCCGAUGGCACCGAGGCGGUGAGAACACCAGGCUGUCCGGCAGAAUCUCCGAGGCCGCCCAGACCCGGCGCGCAGAGAAGCCCCGAGCGCCGCUGCGGUUCCGAGCUGGGCCCGCCGGACGCCGGACGCCGAAAUUGUGCACGCGCCGCUCCCCGACCGGUCGGCGGCUACAGGAGGCGCGUUUGCCCCGGAUCAGAGGCUCGCGACCAGUAUGGCCCCCACGCUGGAGGAGGCGUACCGGAGGCGCUGGUGGAUGGCGUGCACGGCCGUGCUGGAGAACCUCUUCUUUUCCGCGGUGCUCCUGGGCUGGAGCUCCCUGCUGAUCAUGCUCAAGAACGAGGGCUUCUAUUCCAGCAUGUGUUCAGCUGUGAACACCACCAACACCAGCCAGGAUGAGCAGCAUCAGUGGCUGAGCUGUAACCAGCAGGAAGAGAUGCUCAACCUGGGCUUCACCAUCGGCUCCUUCGUGCUCAGCGCCACCACCCUGCCGCUGGGGAUCCUCAUGGACCGCUUCGGGCCCCGGCCCAUGCGGCUGAUUGGCAGCGCCUGCUUCGCUGCAUCCUGCACCCUCAUGGCCCUGGCCUCUUGGGACACCAAAGUUCUGUCUCCGUUGAUAUUCCUGGCCCUGUCCCUGAAUGGUUUUGGUGGCAUCUGCCUAACAUUCUCUUCACUCACACUGCCCAACAUGUUUGGGAACCUGCGCUCCACUUUCAUGGCCCUCAUGAUCGGCUCCUAUGCCUCUUCUGCCAUCACGUACCCGGGAAUCAAGCUGAUCUAUGAUGCCGGCGUGUCCUUCAUGACCAUCAUGUUUACCUGGUCAAGCCUGGCCUGCCUCAUCUUUCUGAACUGUGCCUUCAACUGGCCGAGUGAAGCCUUUCCCUCGCCGGAGGAAGUCAACUACAAGGAGAAGAUCAAGCUCAGAGGGCUGGCCCUGGAUCACAAGGUGACAGGUGACCGCUUCUACACCUAUGUGACCACUGUGGGCCAGCGGCUGAGCCAGAAGGCCCCCAGCCUGGAGGAGGGGGCAGACAUCUUCAUCUCGUCCCAGGACGUUCGUGACAUCUCAGAAAAGUCUGCUGAGAAGUCUGUGCCCUUGCGCAAGAGCCUCUGCUCCCCCAUCUUCCUGUGGAGCCUCCUCACCAUGGGCAUGACCCAGCUGCGGAUCAUUUUCUACAUGGCCGCGAUGAACAAGAUGCUGGAGUACAUCGUGACUGGCGGCCAGGAGCAUGAGACGGACGACCUGAAACAAAGGGUGACGGAGACAGUUGAGUUCUACUCGUCCGUCUUUGGGGCCAUGCAGCUGUCGUGCCUUCUCACCUGCCCUCUCAUUGGCUACAUCAUGGACUGGCGGAUCAAGGACUGCGUGGACACCCCCACUGCUAGGGACGGCGUGGCCACCAAGUCCGUCAGACCACGCUACCGCAAGAUCCAAAAGCUCACCAAUGCCAUCAACGCCUUCACUCUGACCAACCUUCUGCUCGUGGGUUUCGGCAUCACGUGCCUCAUCGACAGCUUACACCUCCAGUUUUUGACCUUUGUCCUGCACACCAUGGUCCGAGGCUUCUACCACUCGGCCUGUGGAGGCCUCUACGCGGCAGUGUACCCGUCCAACCACUUCGGGACACUGACGGGCCUGCAGUCCCUCAUCAGUGCUGUGUUUGCCCUGCUCCAGCAGCCGCUUUUCAUGGCCAUGGUGGGACCCUUGAAAGGAGAGCCCUUCUGGGUGAAUCUGGGCCUCCUGCUGUUCUCACUGCUGGGAUUCCUGCUACCUUGCUACCUCUUCUACUAUCGCACCCGGCUCCAGAGGGAGUACAUCACCCACUGGGAGGGCCCCCUGAAGGUGCUUGGCAGCCCUGAGGUGACUGCCUAGGCCUCUGAGGGGCCUGGGUGACAGGCAGUCAAGGCCUGAGCAGCCAAAGGGAAUGCCUCGUGGCUUUUCUACUUGUAACCUCCGCACAGAGCCAGGCGCCGGGGACCUAUAAAUACCAAGAGAAGUUCUAUUUUUGUAGGGACUUGAUAAAAAGGAAAAAAAAAUCCCCAAAGCAGCGCUCCGUGGACUGAAGAUGUCCCCCGUGCUAGGAUCAGACCUUCUUGCUCCUGGGAUUGGAGGAGACCAGGGUGCAGCCCUGCCCUUUCUCUGGGCCUAGGGGUCUGCCUGCUGCUGCCUCCUGGGGGCUUGUGGGAUCAGUGAACAGGUGACCCCUAAGAUCUCAGCCGUGCAGUGUCCAGAGUGUGCAGGCAUGUGUGUGUGCAUGUGGGUAUGAAAAUCCCUGCCCCUCAGAGGAGAGGGGCCUGAGGUGCUGGCUGUGUCCUGAAUGCUGCCGCGUGGGCGGUAAGCCCCUUCCCGAGGCUGGAGGGUGGGUUCCCUCCCUGCUGCUGCUGCUGCUGCUGCUGCUGCUUGCAGAUCUUAGAGGAAAUAAAAAGGGAAGUGAGAGGCUG